AUGGGAUGGUACGACGGAGGUGAGAAGCUGCUAGAGGAGGAGUACAGCGUGCGUCUUGGCGAGAACAUUUUGGUCGCGAGCAUCGCGUUUGUUCUCUUUUGGGCCACUUUUGGGCUGUCGUGGUACAUUUCCAGUCGGCGCGUACCCGAAUUUGCCAGCUUUUCGACCGCUCAUAAAGCAGACUGGUGUUCCCGAGUCAACUCGACCAUCCACGCGAUCGUCAUCGUGGUCGGCGUUGCGUACGCGCUGGCCGAUAUCACGUGGGCCGAUGAGUUCUUGCCCGUGUCAUCGAUCCGUGCAGCAAGCUUCAUCUUCUCGAUCGCUAUCGGCUACUUCUUGUGCGAUCUGAUCAUAAUCGCCAUGUGGCCUGUGCCGAUGCAAUGGGUCUUUAUUGUCCACCACAUUGUCGCAGUUGUCCCGUACUUCAUCAACAAUUUUAUCUCGUGCUGUGCUGCCUGCCAGUUUGGCCUAUUGCUGUUCUUGCUGGUCGAGCUCGCAACGCUGCCGCUUAAUGCUCGCGGCUUCCUGGACGCCAGGGACCGCCAGGACUCUAGGCACUACAUGCCUUCUAUCUACGCCACGUACGUUAUCUGGGGCAUCUCACGAACGGCACUGCCAAUCUAUGUCAUGUACUGCUUCUGGGCGUAUGCGUACCCGUCGGACCGCAAUCACGACACGUGCUUUUUCCCGAACCUCGUGAGUGCGCACAUUAUUGCGCUCUUUUGUGUCGGUGUCUUCUUUUGCGUGCACACCCCCGAGAUGAUUCGGAUUCGACGUGAACAUGGACAAGCUCGUGGUCAUCCAGGAGACCCAUCAGGUAGCGAAGUGGCUGUUAAUACGGACGAUGCCGAUGCAGUUGGCUCUGGAGUGUCGGACGUUUCCAGCUCGAAAGCCGAUCUGCCCAGCAGUCUCCGAAGCCUCACGUUGUCGCUUUCAAGACCGAAGGAGCCAGUGACGGACGAUUCGUAUGAUGAUGUUGAACUUGGUGUCAUGCCUCGCAGUGCUCGGGCGAGUCCAAAGUCGUCGCAUGGACCAGUGACGACUUCUGGCCGAAUGUAG